AAGCAAGCUAAGUCACUGGAGUCCCCGUCAGCCGUAGCGGCACAACCCUCUGGACCCGCCUCAAAACGAGGUUCCUUUCUUUUGAUUCGUUAGCCUGUUUGUCAGUCUAUAAAAUCCUUACUAUGAUUUGAUAAAAGACAUGUCCAUCAUCCAAAUAACGAUAGCGUAACUAGAAGUUGCGGCGCAUCGACUGUGCUGAUUGGAGAGACGUUUGUUUUCUUCAAGGCUGGUUGGUGUUAGAAGCGUUUCGCCGCCCAGAAAUGUGGUCACGUGAUACGUCAACUUUCACCCAGGAUAUUUAUUGCCUGACUUCCCCUUAGCAACAGAGUGGCGGUGCUUGGUUACCCAGCAACCAAGAGACGCGUCCACUUCAAGGAGAGUCCUUAGAAAGGAAACCUGGACUUUUGUCCCGUGAAGAGGCUACCUGAUUGAUUUGCAAAGCAGUUAUCUGCUGUUUCUCCACAUCCUACCUCUGGUCUUCACCAAGGACACUGUCAUCAGAGCAAAGGAAAAGUCUGUGAAAGAAGAACUCAAUUUCUCAGGGAAUAUGAGCCGGCCGUAUGACUCGAUGGACCCGAAGGUGAUGGACGAUGACAUGCUCAAGGCAGCUGUUGGGGAGCAAGGCCCCCAGGAGGAGGCUGGGCAGCUAGCCAAGCAGGAGGGCAUCCUCUUCAAAGACGUCCUAUCCCUGCAGCUGGACUUCCAAAACAUCCUCCGCAUAGAUAACCUCUGGCAGUUUGAGAACCUGCAGAAGCUGCAGCUGAACAACAACAUCAUCGAGAGAAUCGAGGGCCUGGAAAACCUCACGCACCUGGUCUGGCUGGAUUUGUCCUUCAACAACAUCGAGGCCAUUGAGGGGCUGGAUACCCUGGUCAACCUGGAGGACCUCAGCUUGUCCAACAACCGGAUCUCCAGGAUAGACUCUUUAGAUGCCCUGGUGAAGCUGCAAGUGCUGUCACUGGGCAACAACCAGAUUAGCAACAUAAUGAAUGUGAGUACCAGGCUACAGAUACCCCGAUGCCUGAUCUCCCAUUGGUACCAUAGAACUCAGGAAGGGUCCAGGGGCACGGCAGGCUGCUUCAGGGCAGGCUCUUGGAGCACCCCCAGUUCUGUGGUUCCCCUAAUCUUAGGUUGCCUGGAAAGAAUUAGGCAUUCUCAUCUCCAAGGCCCCGUGACUUUCCCAGCUUUUAUGAAAGAUACCCUCCAACACACUGGCCAUGCUCACGAGGCCCGAGGAUGUGUGGCCGGAGGAACCAGAUAUCCAUUGGUAACAGUGCCUUUUCUGUUCCUGGGUCAGAAAGAGAUGGCGAAGAUAAAGCAUCAGUAUAGCAUUGAUGAGCUGAAGCACCGGGAGGCACAGAUGCAGGCCCGGCUGGAGGCCGAGAAGGCCCAGCAGGAAAAGCUGGCGGAGCACAAGAUGGCGUUCAUCGACCACUUGGAUGGCUCCUUCCUGUUUGACAGCAUGUAUUCCGAGGAUGUGGAGGGCAACAAGCUGUCCUACCUGCCUGGUGUUGGUGAGCUCCUUGAGACCUACAAGGACAAAUUUGUCAUCAUCUGCCUGAACAUUUUCGAGUAUGGCCUCAAGCAGCAGGAGAAGAGAAAGGCAGAGUUGGACACUUUCAACGAGUGCAUACAGGAGGCCAUCCAGGAGAACCAGAACCAGGGCAAGCUCAAGGUUGCCAAGUUUGAGGAAAAGCAUCUGCUGAAUGUGAAUGCCAUCCGAGAAGAGAGUGAACUGCCCAACAUCGAGAAGAAGCUGAUAGAGUGCAGUGAUGACAUCACCGAGCUGUUCAACAUGCUCAUGACGCUGGAGAUGCAGCUGGUGGAGCAACUGGAGGAGACUAUAAACAUAUUUGAAAGAAACAUCACUGACUUGGUGGGACUGUUUAUUGAAAAUGUCCAAAGUCUGAUGGCUCAGUGCCGGGACUUGGAGAACCAUCACCACGAGAAGCUCCUGGAGAUCGCCAUCAACACCCUGGAGAAGAUCCUCAAGGGCGAGAUGGAUGAGGACUUGCCAGAUGAUGUGCGGGCGCUCUUUGUUGACAAAGACACAAUUGUUAAUGCUGUCGGGGCAUCGCAUGACAUUCACCUCCUGAAGAUUGACAACCGAGAAGACGAGCUGGUGACUGGAAUCAACUCUUGGUGUGCACAUCUAUUAGACAAGAUUCACAAAGAUGAGAUCAUGAGGAACCGCAAGCGAGUGAAGGAGAUCAAUCAAUACAUCGACCACAUGCAGAGCGAGCUGGACAACCUGGAAUGUGGUGAUAUUAUAGACUAGGUGUCAGCCAGAGAUCCCCUGAUGGACCCAGCCCUGAGAGUUAUGGAAUUCCUUAGUUCACACCUACCCCAACACCCUUGGCAAUAAUUCUCAAUUAAAAAAAAAAAAGUCUUAGUAUUCUCUUAGCAGAAGACCAUGGCAGUGAUCAUGUAUGAGCAGAUCUUGAGCCACCCCCACAGACAUGUCUGGUGGCCAGCAGUCGGAGGGAAGUGUGCUGAUGGCAGAGUGCUGACCCCAUGCAUGUGCUAGUGCUCUUGGCUGCAUCUUUCCCUACUCUGGGUGCUGAGGACCAGAGAAGUGAGAGGCUGAGGCUCCUACUGCAGCACUGAGCUACAACAGCCUGGGCUGCUCCUGAAGGCAGAGGCCACAGCUCCCUUCAGCUCAGAACGUGGCUGCAUGAUCCUAAGUCAGGGGCUCAGCCUGGUUCUCCAGGCACAUCACCCUCCCACUAGGCACGGCAACAGGACAGAGCCUACUGCUAAGACUGUGGACGUGGCCAUGUGGAGAGGACGCUCAGGACUCCCAUUGGAAGAUGAGAUGAAAGAUGUACGUGUUAGCUUCCCAUCACUGUAACAAACACCAUACACAGUCAACUUAUAGAGAGAAAAGCUUUAUUUUAGAUCUUAGCUGCAUAGUUCAGUUCAUGGUCAGUUGGCAUCAUCAUGGCAGGCACACAGUAUAAACCUCCCACCUCAUGGCCAUAGAGAGAAGAGGAGGAAGGACGGGGUCUCAAGAACCCCCUUUGAUAGCACAUCCUCACUGACCUAAAGACUAAAGACCUCCCAUUAGGUUCUGCCAUCUAAUCACAAGACCCAGGGGGCACUGAUCUUUGAUACAUGAGCUUUUAGGGAUAGUAACUCAUGGGGAGGUCAUUUCUGCUUACCUCAGGUAAGAACAGACCAAAGAAACAAUUCCAUCCAAGUCCAGCAUAAUAACCAGUGGGCUUAAUUAGGAUGACUUACAGGAACACAGGCAAUUUGCAGGCAGUCUUGCCCUCCCUCUAGAAAUGGUAGAUACUUACAAUCCCUACAGAGGACACGAGCCUUACGGGCUCUCUCCUCCUCCCAUGAGGGAGUAUUAUCGGGCCAAUCUUGUGAUGGCCUCAUGUGGGUAAUUACAGCUGCUCUGAUUUCCAGAUGGCAAUGGCUAUGCCACACCUAAUGGACAGAUUUUCACAUAUUCUUUCCCCUGGCUCUGGCAUUCUUUCCAUUGCCUCUUCUGCAGGCUCCCUGUACCCUGGUGAGCAUGACUGCUAGAGAUGGACGGUCAUUUUCUUCCACUCAGGGCUGCGCACUUGUUCCCAGUAGUUUGAUCAACAAUCACCAUUCUUUAAUACUAAAAGCACUGUUAAUGAAGGCCAACCACAGAAGCACAGAUACUAGAAUCCAAUCUGAAAAUCAGACUGGAGCACACACCUGUAAUCCCAGGUUACAUUCAGCCACAUAGUGAGUUUAAGACAAGCCUAGGGUAAGACGCUGUCUCAAAAAAAAAAAAAAAAGUGUGUGUGUGGGGGAGGCCAGAUGGGUAGAAAGCAAGAGGGAGGUAGAAGGGCACACACAACCUCACAGUAAAGCACAUUCAUUUCACAAGACAGCAAUAGCUUCUCCACUAAAACCUGACCUCCUUUGCCACAGAUCUUGGGACAGUUUUGUUCAUACCCAUAUGUCAUGCCACUAUUGCAUGGUUGAAUUGUGCACAGCAUGCUGAGAGCGUAACACAGAGGUGCACAGCUAAGCAGGAUCAUUGGUAAGAACUCUCCCCAGCAGCCUGCACAGUGCUCUCCAACCUACCAGCUCAGCCAGUAUGGAGGGAGCUUCUAGUUCUGGUUCUGGUCUGCAACCAACAGCAGUCAGAACUAUGUGUACUGCGUGUGUACCUAAGGAACCUCCCCACCAGCAACUCAGGGAGGAAGCCCACCCUGGCACUGAAACUUUCAUUCACAACCUUAUUAUGUCUUCUGGCUGUGCCUUUUCCUACUCAGGUGCCUUCUGAGUUGACACUCAUGGUUUUUUUUUUUUUUUUU